UUCACAUCAGUCCCUAAACCACAAGACAGAUUUUCAUGCAUGCUGUUCCCAUUAUGAGGGGUUCCCACUAUCCCUGUGCUGAGUUCCCAAAUUCUUACACCAGCAGUGCACAUUAUGAGAGGUUCCCACCAUCCCUGUGUGGAGUUCCCAGGUCUGCAAAUCUGUUGUGCCCAUUAUGAGGGGUUCCCACCUUCCCUGUGCUGAUUUCCCAGGUCUGUACACCAGCUGUGCCCAUUAUGAGGGGUUCCCACCAUCCCUGUGCUGAUUUCCCAGGUCUGUACACCUGCUGUGCCCAU